AUGGCUAUGACAAGUGUCUCCUCACCACUUGUUGCGGAAGAAGCCAAAAAUAAUAUGAAUUUCAAGUUUGCGCCCUUUCAAGUCGCAUUAACGCAGAAAUUUACUGCGCGUGUAACUGAGAAAUUGGCUGAUGAUGUCUAUCUAAUGAGAAAUACGGAUCAACUAGCGGUUUUAUACCGGUAUAUGGUACGCCCAAUAAAACGCUUAUCGCCAUCAUUGUAUCUUAAUGGUACUCCUGGAAUGGCGUGCAUUGCUCGCGUUGUACGGCCAUGUAAUGUGCCCAGAGUGAGUCGCUGUCGUCUUUACAGAGCUUUGGCUAGUCAAUUCAAUAUGAAAGAUGGGACUUGUUCAGUUUUCCUUGUCGAUUAUGAACAACACGUUGUUUGUGAUUCGUUUGCAAUAUAUGAUCUUUGUGAGCAGCUGGAAGUCGAUAAGGAAUACACUGUAUGCAUAACAACAUUUGCUGAUGAUGGUGUGUGUUGGGGGAAGGUUGUGCAAGCAGUAAAAACUUCAACAAUGCAGAAGACUUGCUCUGCAGCAGCUACGGAAGAUAUCUGCUAUAAUUACAUGGACGAUGAAAAUGACAAUAUAACCACAGCAAUUGAACAGUCGAUCCAAAUUUCAGAAGAAAAGUUGCGAGAAAAGAACGAACGAUUGCAAAUUGAAAGAGAAUUGCUUGAGAUGAAAAAAUCGAAAUUUGAACAAGACUGGACAUUGCAAACUAUGCAGUUGCAAUUUGCUACUAUUCUCAAAAGAUUGAACACAAUGUCAAUACCUUUUGCACCUUUUGCAGCAGAUAGCUGCAAUUCAUUUCCAAAUCUCACAUCUUUACCGGUGCCGACUCACAGCAGUCCGAUUCCAGAUAUGGGUAGUUGGAAUCCAUGCUCUUCACUCUUAACAUAUCAGACCUGGGCUAAAGCCCUGACAGCAAAUCCGUCACUCUCCGUUUCCAAUAAUUUAUUGUUAGAUCCAGUAGCAGUUCAGAAACUACCUUCGGUAUAUUUAAGUCAACAAGGAAAGUUGAAUAUGAAUGAUCCCGCUGCAAGCCAGAUAAUGAAUUCUUGUUGCAUGCGUCCCAAUGUUGAUGAUUUUGUUGAAAAGUAUAAUGGUUCAGUACCAGCGAUCACAGUUUCGGAAAGCACGCGAUUAUCAUCACCAGUUUCAACUUUAGCUUCGCACAAUACAGGAAUGUGCCAUUUCCAACCCAGUGAUAGAGAAAUACCAGCAAUAACUGAUGGAGAUUUGAACAAUAAUUUUCAACAAGGAGAAGAAUAUAAGCCAAGGCGGACUUUUCUGCAUAAAGCGCAAUAUGUCGAACCACCGAUUCAUGUUUUGAAUGAGUGUUGCAAUGCAAUUACGCUGGGAGUUUCCUCCGGUAUACAAAAGCAUGCACCAACCAAACGAUAUCAUCAACUUAAAAAUGGCUUAGCCGGUACGAAAUACGCUGUUGAAUAUGUUGAACGAGGAUUAAAUGACGGUGACAAUGAAUAUUAUUCAGAAGAACCUAUUUCACUUUGCGAUGAUCAGGAGAAAGCAUUAUAUCUACAUCGUUCACUCGAUAGAAAUGGUUACCUGAUGCAACAAACAGAACGGAAAUACAUGCCAGAAUCCUCGCAUUUUAGAAAUGCUACAAUUAGUGAUGUUUCGGAAGUAGUAAGAAACGAGAAUGAAGAUAAUCAAAAUAUAGCCGAUUUUAAUACGGAAAAUUUGUCAACGGUCGUGUUCAACAGUGAGCGUUUAAUCGGGACCCUAAAAUAUAGACCCUAUGUGCCAUAUAUAGAAGUGGAGGAACAGACAAUCUAUACUGUAAAAAGAAGCGAUGAUGAUCGAUCAAAUCAAAAUUGGCCACUGUUCUUCGUGCAGAUUCAAAGCGAUAGGCUGUUGAAUAUUAUUGAUCAAUAUUUGGAUUGCCUGGCAGCUACUGAACCGUUACCAAAAAAAAAUAUCAAACUAGGCGUGCUUUGUGUUUCAUAUUGUCAUGCAUUUCAAGCAAUGUUUCGUGCAGUAAUUACAGCAAUAUAUGAUACGGAUGUGGAAGUGCAUUAUAUUGAUUACGGUAAUUAUGAAAGGGUUACCUAUAAUGAUCUUCACUCUAUCAAUGAACUGCCCAAAAUAACAAGGAUGCAUCCAGCUAUGGGAAUUCCCUGCUUACUAUCAAAUAUGCAUGAUAUCUGUAUAAGCUUUAACAUUUGCUCGGAAAAGGACAUAUCUCAUUUUAUGAAUGCUGUUUCAUGCGAAAAACCGCUUUUCAAGUUGAAGUUUCUUCGUAAACGAAUUGAUGGUGUGAUGAUUGUCCAGCUGGUGGAUAGCAAUAAAAAAGUGUAA